AGAGGAAAAAAAAAAAAAAAAAACUCAUAAACCCUAACUCCAAAGGAAACGUAAGAGAAAGAUACCAAAUAAAGGAGCAAGUUGACAGGCACAUGAAACCAAAAAGAUCGCGGAGAUUGGCGAGCUGGUCUGACCAGGCAGGUGUUGGUAUGCCGUAAUUUCUACAAGAUUCAACAUCUCCCAGGUCCGGCGCUGACAAAAAAAAAACUGAAAACCCAUCUCCUUCGCAGCCGCUCGAUUCCCAAGAGAAUCGAAAGUCCCAAUUCUCAACUACUGCAACUGCAAAACUGACACAAACCCAUUAAUGGAUUCCCCUCAAUUGGCUGCUUUACUCUCUUCUUUGAUCUCUCAACUCCUCCUCCUUCUCUUCCUCCUCUUCCCUUCCUCCAACCCACAUUCCCUUUUCUCCAAUUCCACUCCCGAUUCCAAUUUCUAUGCCAAUCUAUUCACCCACUUCCUCUUUUCCCAGGAUUUUGCCGCUUCCCUUCCCUUUCUCUCUGUUUCCCGCAAGAGGAAGAGAACCAAUCCCUCCGACCACCUCGAAUUGGGCUCAUCCCAUGGUCGAUUUGAUCAUUUGUUUCGGACUCGGACUCCUGAUUCUUUCAGAAAUCACUUCAGAAUGACCUCCUCAACGUUCGAAUGGCUCUCUGGUUUGCUUGAGCCCCUUCUCGAGUGUCGUGACCCGGUGGGUUCGCCUCUUGAUCUCUCCGUUGAGAUUCGACUCGGUGUUGGCCUGUAUCGCCUCGCCACCGGCUGCGAUUUCUCCAAAAUCUCCCACCAAUUUGGCGUCUCGGAAUCGGUAGCGAGGUUCUGUGCUAAACAAUUGUGUCGAGUUCUCUGUACUAAUUUUCGCUUCUGGGUUGAAUUCCCUUGCCCCAAUGAGCUCGAAUUAACGUCCUCGGCUUUUGAAGAUCUUGCUGGGCUUCCGAAUUGCUGUGGCGUGGUUACUUGUACAAGUAUUGUUGCAGGAUUUCGUGGUGAUAAGGACGAUUCCACGGUGCUUAUGUCUUCGACGCUGUUUAAAGACAUCGAACAAGGAAGGCUUCUGGAUGCUCCUCCAGUUUACCUUCAUGGGGUGGCUGUCAAUCAGUACUUGUUUGGACAUGGUGAAUACCCUUUGCUUCCAUGGUUAAUGCUGCCUUUUGCAGGUGCUGUUUCAGGGUCAACUGAAGAGAGUUUCAAUAAAGCUCACCGAUUGAUGUGCAUUCCAGCUCUGAAAGCAAUUGUUAGUUUGAGAAAUUGGGGAGUUUUGAGCAAACCAAUGCAUGAGGAGUUCAAAACUGCAGUUGCUUAUAUUGGUGCAUGCUCAAUUCUUCAUAAUGCUUUGUUGAUGAGGGAGGACUUUUCUGCCAUGGCUGAUGAGUGGGAGAGCUUAGCUUCAUUUGAUCAUAGAUCUCAGUAUGUUGAAGAUAAAUUGAAUGAGGAUUCAACUAAUGAGAAGGCUUCUAUUAUACAGAGGGCGCUGGCUGUGAGAGCUAGAGAGCUUCACAGUUAAAAUUUCAAUCACAAGAAUGCAGUUGUUUGCUGAAAUAAGUACAGCUCAAUUGAAGGAGAUUUCCAUCUCUUAGGAUAUUUAUUGAAGGCAGCUCAUCCAGCUCCAUUCAACAAUUACUAUUGUAGGUAAUUGAUGAUUCUUUUACAAAUUUAUAUAACAUUUUCUCCCAAAUUUUGGAUGUUCAGCUCUUGAUUUAUCAUUUCUUUUCCUUUUUUUCGCAAAACUGGUCCCUAUUUUUUAGUUCUAUGUCUAGUAUUAGGUUAAUGAUUUUAAGAUUAUCAAGAAAGUAGGCAAAAGAAUGGGAUAUUUGGAGAUACCUUUAAGGCCAGGGCAUUCUUCAAGUGGGAAAGUUGAUAAUAUAGGACCCUUUUUUGGGGCAAUCUCCCUAAUAUUGAUGGAGUGACUAAUUUAUUGGAUCCUUAAUGUAGAUUAUUCAUUCUUUUUAUUGUUUUCACACCACAGAAUUGCCUACUUUUCAGUCAUCUUGCUGUUAAAAGCUCUAUGAAAGCUUAAAUUUCAUUGCUGCCUGCCCCAUGGUUAAUUUGGCAGACACCACACACCACAUCCUGCUGUGGGUUAAAGUUAGACUAGUUUCUUUUUUCACCAUUUGAGAUCAUUGAAUUCUCAACUCUUAACUAUCACUGUGUCUUCUGGUUGGACUAUGAAGGUAAACAUUUCCGGCCUAUUCGGAAUGACUUUCCAAGUGCUCAAAAAAAGAUGUUAAAAUGCAGCAAAAUCGUUUGUAAGCACAUGGAAAGUCAUUCUAAAUAAACCCUUCUGAUGUGUUGUAGCCUUUUGGUCGAUUCUAAAUUGAAAUGUGGUCGAAUCUGGUUAGGAAAAAAAUGGAAUAUCAUUAAGAUAUCAUAGGCAUAUUAGUUACUAGACAUUAACCAAUGGGCUGGAGCUUGAAAAGAUCAGGUUUAGGCAUAUUUUGGAAAUAGUUUUAGGAGGAAAUUAUUCCUUUCUUGAAUGCUUAGUAUACCUUUGAUGUGGUAUUAUAUUUUUGAACCCCUGUUUUCUUGACAGUAAAUCUCAAGUUUGGGUUCCAAUGAGAAUAUAAGCAGCUCUUGAUUUUGACACUGCCCUGUCAGUAUUACAUUUUAGAAUCAGGAUGUUGAAUAGGCAAUGUGAUAGAAUUAUUGCAAAUUAACAUAUCUCAUUGUUUUUUGAU